AUGGAUCCUUUUUCAGUCGCUAAACUAGCUUUGGAGAUCGUAAACGCAGCUCGUCAAAUAUCGAGCCCAAGCGGCACAUGGGCCGGAAGGAACUUCCAAACCCACCAUGAAACUACCCUGACCUGGGCCAUCAAUUGUUGGAGCGAUGAUGAUGUCAAGGCAUGGAAAGCAGCAUAUAUUCAGAACUGCAACUCGAUUGCUGUUGCUAGCGCCAUCUUCGCCAGCAUAGGGCUGACGUCUCUGCAACUUCCUGAUGUGAAUGCCACUCAUUGGACUGCGAGGGCGUUCCUUAUCACUAGCAUGACACUUGGGAUUCUCUCCACCGUCUAUGCCACCUCUCAGCAGGCGGAAAUUGCCAUGCUCAUCGAACCAUUGGAUCUACGCGUGUGGUUGAGCCGAGGCCAUCACAGACAGGUGCAAAGUACUGCAAGCCCAGAUACGAUGACCGUGGAUCAAAGGACUUCAGAUACUGGAGAUAGGAGUAACGAUCUGCCUCCACAACCUACAGCCGUAAAGCCUCCUGCCAGCAGAGCACCACUGGCUACACCUCCGCCUCUGCCUAUGGAAGGAUCUGUGGCUAUGGAAAUCCGCGCGCAGCUGCCCCAAGAACUCCUUUUCCUGGCGGUUUACUCAUAUUUUAUUGGGUUCGGACUCUACCUACUCUUCCUGUGGCUCCGCAAUGUAAACAGCGACGCUAUAAAUAGUCGGAACGUCUUCAUCUGCUUCGUCUUGGUCAUUGGGAUCUUCGUAGUCAAAUUGUUCUCCCUGUCCCUGCUCAUGGUACUAGAUAAUUUGAGAUGCAAAAUUGACUUCGGUUUAGGGCAUCCACUCCUGAAGAUUGAACCCAAAAAGUCGUCUCAGGAACAAAAGUCGAUCUUGAUCAAAUGGCUCAAGGAAUUACAAACGCUCAGGAAGCUAGAAGCGGAGGGGAAAGAUGAUAUCGAAGCCUACGCGAGGAGUAUUCUUGAGAUCAACAAGCUCGCUGAGACCUGGGGCUCGACUCCGACUUUCUCAAAAUUGAUCGAUUUCUUCUCGGCGCUUUACAUGUUCCCAUUACUGCAGUUCCCGCAAUUGAAUUUUGGUCGAGCACAAGUCAACUCGAACUCUAACCGAGUUUGA